AUGACUCCCUGCCUUGGGGAACAAACAGCCUCUCACAGCCCAAACUACACAGACCAGUUGAGUAUGGAUUCUUUGAGAAAACUGAUCGAAUCCAUCUCUAAGAGUCAGAGGGAAGAGACUGCUGAAAUGGCUCAGCUCACCAGCAAACUGAGGCAACACAUUAUGUCAUUUCUGAUGGGAGAAGAGCAAAAUGAGAACCAGUUAAGAAUGAAAGGAGCAGUACAUCUAAUGGGUAUGUCACUUAAAAUGCCGCCCAGCACACUCCCAAGGUUCCCCUCUGCUCUAAACUCUUCUCAUACUCCACAAGUGAAACAAUCUCACAGCAUAGAGUCUCAUGCAGAGGCGCUAGCCAUUGACUGCAUGACAAGUGCUUCUGGCCAAGCUCUGCAGUACCAAGCACAACACCUGUUGGUAGAUCCAGCACUUAUAAACCAGAACUCUUCAGUGCCACAUUCUCAGCCGCCACCAGCCCCAACAGCAUUUGGUCCCAACCAUGCUCCCCUACAUUAUGCCUCUACUGCUAAGUGGAUAGCACCACCAGAUUUGGGCAUGAUUCAGCGUCCACUGUACAGUGUGCCGAAACCGAAAAUCCCUGAUUUCUCCACUGAUAUGCAUAUAGUGAUUAGGAAAUUCCUGCCCUCAGACCGUGAGGCUGUGACAGCUAUAUUCUAUAUCCCGUCCCUCACUCAUGCCAUUUCUCAGCCACUAAACAUCACUGUGACCCUGUGCUUUUUCACUGUGGGCUAUAUACUAGGUGGAGGAUCAGUUGUCCUGGCCCUGCUGGCUGGAGGUUUGUGGAUAGGUCUGCUGUACUACUGCUGCUAUGAGCUCUAUGCAGGUUUUGUCCAACUAAAGCUGAACACAGACAUGCGGGACAUUGCAGGCUUCUACCUCAGCAGUCCAGAUAACUGCUUCUGGGUCGCUGAGGCUGAGAUCAACGGGCGGCCUCACAUCAUGGGUGUGGUGGCUGUGGAGGCCAAAGAACUUCCAGACAGCGGGCAAAAGUAUGGAGAAAAAAAAGUACUUUUCCGAAUGACCGUGUCUACCGCAUCUCGCCGCACUGGCCUCGGCUCGCAGCUCACUCAAACGGUCAUGGACUUCUAUAAAGAGCGAGGGUUCUCGAAGAUUGUGCUUGAGACUAGUUCUACACAGACAGGAGCUAUUGCUCUCUACUAUAAGAAGGGCUUCACGCUUGUGCAGACUCACGAGCAAGCUGAAGCUCCUUGGUGGGUCCUCCGGCUGAUCAGAGUUUCAGUUGUGAGGAUGGAGAAAAUCCUACAGCCAUGUGAAGGGAUGUAG